AUGUCUACUUCCAGCGACGAUUUAAGUAUUGAUAACCCAACAAAAUUGGAAAAAUUAAAAAGCUUACGAGAAAAUGUCAAGUGGGAGAUCGAAGAAGAGCGUCGUGAAUUUCUCCGUCAACUCAAACCAUUAACCAGCGAUUGGGAGAGCGAACUUCCUGACCUCCACGACAUUUUCCGGUCCGAAGAAAUCGAUUGGCUUCUCAUGGAGUCUAUGAAGUCUGUAAAUGACAACGUGAUCGAGCCUGACCUACUCGUCGAAUUUUUGCUGCGAAGUGGUUACACCGACAAGCCCGUCAUCGACGAGGACGGCAAGCCAUUGUUGCGUCGCACCACAAUAGUGCAUUAUGUUAAUAAAUACGAAAUUUUCAGUGUCGUUCAUGAUCUCGUUAUUCAGCUUUUUGAAAUUUACAACAGAUUUGAUCUGAACUACACGGACGAGUCCGGUCUGUCACAUUUACAUGUGGCCAGCAAGUUCGGUUGUUACGACGUCGUCGAGAAAUUCCUCGAAAAUGGACAAGAUGUUUGCUGUGUUUGGAAAAAAACAGGUGAUACGCCGCUUCACAUGGCUCAAAUGAACGGACGCAUAGAGUCCGUCAAGUGGCUGCUGAAUACUGGCGACGACCUACUCUUGGCUAACGCCAUACGAACGACUCCCGAUCGGCAGAUCGCCGACUACAAUGAUGAAAAUGACUCGGCGAAAGAUCUGCGUUGCGACAAAAAGGAUACAGUCAAAUUACUGCUUAAAGCAGGUGCCAACCCGACUCUGGCCAACGAGGAUGGAUUAACUCCUCUGCACUUAAUUUGCAUGGAUAGCAACGCUAAAGGCAUAUCAGGUGUAUUAUCGAAAAUGUAUAACGAAAAAAAUCCUCUCCCGCAUAUCGAUACCCCAGACAAGUGGGGUAACACACCAUUACAUUUGGCUCUGAUCUGGGGCAACAAGAAGAUGGCAGAAUAUUUGCUGAGAAGAGGCGCUGAUGUAAAUUUGACCAAUGCAGUGGGGUCGACUUGUCUGCAUAUUAUUUGCAAGAUUGGCUACGAAGACAAAUUUAUGGUGCUAUUCUUCCAGAUCCAAGAACAGCUCAAGAAAAUUGUGGCGGUCGAUGCUCGAGACAAGUCGGGUAACACACCGCUACACUGGUCCCUCACCGACGGGUGUAAAAGAUUCACUGCGAUAUGUCUGCUGGCUAAAGGUGCUGAUCCCAAUUUAGCCAACGCAGAGGGAUCGACACCUCUCCACAUGAUAUUUAAAAGUGACGACGAUGAUCUCAUGCUGGAGGUGUUCUGCUAUUACAACGAUACAAGAAAUCAGCUGGUACUUGUCAACGUUCGUGACGAGUUGGGCAAUACACCACUGCACUACGCAGUGCAAGCCCUGAACCUCGAAACCCAGCACGAUGUCAGAUAUCUGCUUAAAAGAGGCGCCGAUCCGAACCUAGCCAAUCGGGAGGGAUUGACUCCGCUGCAGAUCAUUUGCAAGGGGGAUCUCGACAAUCACGAACUGGCGCACGUUUUGUUCGAUAAUUGCCAAAACCAUUUUAAGCCGGUGCAGGUCAAUGCUGCCGACAAAUGGGGUAACACAGCGUUACGCUGGGCCGUGUCUCGUGGCCACAGAGGAUUGCUCAAAAUGCUGCUGCGCAACGGCGCCAAUCCACAUUUGACCGACGCCAACGGAUUGACCCCGCUGGAGAUCGCUUGCACCGACAGAGACAAUGGCGACAUGGUGAAGAUGUUACUCAAGUACACCCUCGACCAAUAUAGGCCAUUGAACGUCGAUGUUCAGGACAUUUUGGGUAACGCACCGCUGCACGUGGCUCUGCUCCGUAGCGACAAGAGGGUGGCCAAAUCGCUGCUGAGGAACGGCGCCAAUCCGAACUUGGCCAACUCCAAGGGCAUGACGCCUCUGCAUAUCGUCUGCAAGAGAGAAGACGACGACAAUUUAGUGAAUCUAUUGUUCAAGACGAGUGACGAAAACCAGAAGAAGGUGCAGGUGAAUGUUCAGGACAAGUCGGGCCAAACACCCCUACACACGGCUCUGUUUUGUCGCAGCAGAAACUUGGCCGAAUUGCUGCUGAGAAGAGGCGCCGACCCAAAUUUGACUAACAGGGACGGCUCAACUCCGCUGCAUGUUAUUUUCGAGAGAUCCAGCGACUGCGAUGCAUUGGCGAGACUAUUUUUCAAAAUCAGCGAUGAAAUGAAUAAGACGGUGGACGUCAAUGUUCGGGACGAUUUGGGUAAGACACCGCUGCAUUUGGCCCUCUCUGGUCGUCACAGAAGUUUAGUCCAAUUUCUGUUGAGAUAUGGCGCCAAUCCGACUACACCCGAUGCGGAGGGAUUGACUCCACUGCAUAUUAUUUGCAAGGGCAAACGUGACGAUUACAAUUUGGCCAAGAUGUUAUUCGAGAUGAGCAAAGACCAAUUUAGGCCGAUACAAGUCGAUGCACGUGACAAGUUGGGUUUCACACCGCUACACGAGGCUUUGACUAAUGGCCACAAAAAUUUAGUGCAAUUUCUGCUGAGAAAGAGUGCAAAUCCGAACUUGGCCAAUAACAUGGAUGAAUUAACGCCUCUGCACGUUCUUUGCAGGAAUAACCGCGACUACUAUGAAUUGGCGGAGAUUUUAUUCGAGCUCAGUGACAAACAAUAUCAGCCGAUACAGGUCGGUGCUCAGGACAAGUUCGGCAACACCCCGUUACACUUGGCAUUGGAGAACGGUCACAAAAAUUUAGUCCUAUCGAUGCUGAGAAAUGGUGCCAGUCCAAAUGUAGCCAACGACGAGGGUUUGACACCUUUGUGUAUUUUUGUCAAGAGAUACCGCGAUGACAAUUUCACAGAGAUACUUUACAAGAGUAGCAAGAAAAAACAACAAACAGGACAAGACAAUGCCCAGGACAAUAAGCGCCACACGCAGCUUCACAUUGUUCGGAAGCAAGAAUACAAUAAGAUAGUCGAAUCAUUGCUGCGAAACGGCGCGGAUCUGAAUUUCGCCAAUGUUAACGGACUGACUGUUUUGCACAUUUUUUGCAAGGAUCACACUUGCCAUCAUUUGGUAGAGGUACUUUUCAAGAUAAGCGACGACCAUCAUCAAACGCUGCGGAUCAACGCGCGAGACGAUUUCGGUAACACUCCACUGCACUUAGCAUUGCAAUCCGCGACCCAAGGCGUCAAGAAUGCAGCCCUAGUUCUGUUGAGAAAAGGCGCAGAUCCAAAUUUAGCGAACCAGGAAGAAUCGACUCCUCUGCAUGUCAUUUGCAGGAGAGACGUAUCGAUUCUUCACGAUAUUCAUGACCUAGUCAAGAUAUUCUUCGACAUUUGCGAUGAAAAACAUCAAACGUUGCAAAUCGAUGCCCGGGAUAAUUUGGGUCGGACGCCGCUGCAAUUAGCGGUGUCAAAUCUCAAGCCGGAUAUUAUCGAUGCACUCUUGGAUCGUGGUGCUGAUCUAUCUAACUUCGUUUUCCCCACCGACAGUUACUUUGGUGACAGUUUUGAAUCAUUUGCAAAAAAAUCGACACUAGGACUGAUGUCUGAAGCUUUGGCUGUUAUCGAGAGGCUAGAGAAAAGAGGAUACGAGCUGAAUCGAAGAGACGCCCUAACAAUCAUGCAAUUGUUCGCCAAUUACGAAGUAUUCGAGAAACCGGUGAAUUUCGACGAGCAUUGGUACGAGGACGAGGAAUUUGUGAGCAAAUCGCAAAAGCUAUUUAUAUGCCCGAGCCUGUCGCUCCACGAUCUGAUCCGAUUGCGACCGGAACAGAAGGAAAGACUGCCUACAUACGCAGAUUACUAUGAGUUCUGGCGUCCGGGUAAAUUGAAAAAGCUCUUCCAAGAUCAUCGUGAGACUGGUUCUGCGCAUCUGUGCGAAAUAAUGUCGAGAGGAUUUUACCGGAGAUGGGCGCGGGUUUCUCUCAUGGAGUUGACGCAAGAGCCACUGUCGAUUCGAUGCUGCGAUAUGAUUUUCGAGGAUCUCACGCACGAAGAUUUAUUUCAUGUUUGCUUGGCGGCCGAAGACGAAGACUGGUGA